AUGUCUCUGAAUUUGGUGCUGUCAGGUCCAAUUCCCAGUGGACAAACGUCAACAUCACAGAAACCGCAAUCACAACUGGCCUCUUUUUUAGCUGUUUCAACAGAGAGGCCAAGAACUGAUUGGACCUUGGAGACUGAACCACAUGCUCAGUCCCCUGAGGUGGCCCCUCCUCCAGGAGAGGGUUUCGGGCACAUGAGUCUCUCUCUCCCUCACGAAGCCAAGGAGGACAAAAUAGUCAGUGAGAAUCUUUAUUCUACCUGUCUGAAACCACAGGAUUGUAGUAAACGGACUGCCAAAGAAUGUGGUAAAGUCCAAGGAUCUGGAGGAAACCGCUUGGCCACCAGCUGCAAAGCAGGGUUAGUUACGAUCUUAGUUACGAUGCUGCUGCUGCCCUGGGCGCUGCUGGCGCUUCUGGCCGGCGGGGGGGCCGGGAUCCCGCCGCACGACGACGCGGCGCGCGUGGCCCGCUACGUGGUUCACCAGUGCGACUGGGGGGCGCUGGCCACGCUGUCCGCGCGCGAGCCGCUGCGGGGCCGCCCCUUCGCCAACGUCUUCUCGCUGAGCGACGGGCCGCCCGGCCCCCGCGGCAGCGGCGUCCCCUACCUCUACCUCACCGCGCUGGAGGUGUCCGUGCAGGACCUGCAGGUGGAUGCAAAUGCCUCCCUUACAGUGUCCUUGGCACAGACUCCUUACUGCAAGAAGAAAGGCUAUGAUCCCCAGAAUCCCCUGUGUGCCCACAUUAUCUUCUCUGGGACUGUUGAUAAGGUGAAUGAUACAGAAGCUGUCUUUGCAAAGCUAGCAUUAUUCAGUCGACACCCUGAGAUGGCAAGCUGGCCUCGAGAUCAUAACUGGUUCUUUGCCAAAUUCAACAUCACCAAUAUCUGGGUCCUGGACUACUUUGGUGGACUGAAAACUGUGACUCCACAAGAAUAUUACAAUGUCACACCUUAG